AUGAAACAUACUGUGAUAUAUUUUAUCUAUCUAUUUAUCUAUCUAUCUAUCUAUCUCAGUUUCUUCAUAUCUUUUUCAGUCUCUUUAAUUCUAUCAACCACAGUCUUUCAUAUAUCUAUUAUAUUUUUCAUAUUAUUCACUAUUAUUUUGUUCCUAUCUCAUCUAUCUCUAUCUAUUAAUCUUUAUCUAUCACAUCCUGCUCAUUAUCUAUCUAUCUAUCUAUCUAUCUAUCUAUCUAUCUAUCUAUCUCAGUUUUUUCAUAUCUUUUUCAUUUCUUUAUCUCUCUAUCUCUCUCUCUAUCUCCAACUCCCUCUUUGUCUCCCCACGCGAACAAACACGUAUUCUCUGUCUCUCAGUUUUUCAUAUUUCGCUCUCUCUAUUUAUCUCAGUUUUGCAUAUCUUGUGCUCUCUCCCUUUCCUUAUCUAUCUAUCUAUCUAUCUAUCUAUCUAUCUAUCUAUCUAUCUAUCUAUCUCAGUUUUUUUCAUAUCUUUUUCAGUCUCUUUAAUCCUAUCAACCACAUAUCGGCUAUUAAUUUUGUUCCUAUCUAUCUAUCUAUCUAUCUAUCUAUCUAUCUAUCUAUUUGUAUUUACUUUCCUUCAAUCUAUUCAUAUCUAUCUAUCUAUCUAUCUAUCUAUCUAUCUAUCUAUCUCAUAUCGGCUAUUAAUUUUGUUCCUAUCUAUCUAUCUAUCUAUCUAUCUAUCUAUUUGUAUUUACUUUCCUUCAAUCUAUUCAUAUCUAUCUAUCUAUCUAUCUAUCUAUCUAUCUAUCUAUCUAUCUAUCUCAGUUUCUUCAUAUCUUUUUCAGUCUCUUUAAUCCUAUCAACCACAGUCUUUCAUAUAUCUAUCAUAGUGUUCAUAUAUAAGUAUCGGCUAUUAAUUUUGUUCCUAUCUAUCUAUCUAUCUAUCUAUCUAUCUAUCUAUCUAUCUAUUUAUUUGUUUCCUUCAAUUUAUUCUUUCCUUCAAUCUAUUCAUAUCUAUCUAUCUAUCUAUCUAUCUAUCUUCUAUCUAUCUCAGUUUCUUCAACCAUCUUUUUCAGUCUCUUUAAUCCUAUUAAUUUUGUUUCAUUUCUAUCUAUUUGUACCACAAUCUUUCAUAUCUAUCUAUCUAUAUCUUCUCUUUCUAUCCUAUCAAUCUUUCAUCUAUCUAUCUAUCUUCAUUUUGUAUUUUUUUUCCUUCAAUCUAUUCAUAUCUAUCUAUCUAUCUAUCUAUCUAUCUAUCUAUCUAUCUAUCUAUCUGUUUCUUCAUAUCUUUUUUUCAGUCUCUUUAAUCCUAUCAACCACAGUCUUUCAUAUAUCUAUCAUAGUGUUCAUAUAUAAGUAUCGGCUAUUAAUUUUGUUCCUAUCUAUCUAUCUAUCUAUCUAUCUAUCUAUCUAUCUAUCUAUCUAUCUAUUUGUAUUUACUUUCCUUCAAUCUAUUCAUAUCUAUCUAUCUAUCUAUCUAUCUAUCUAUCUAUCUAUCUAUCUAUUUCUCAUAUCUUUUCAGUCUCUUUAA